AUGGGUGGGCAUGUGCUGGCGCGCUUCCGAUCGGCGCCCCUGAUUGGAGACGUGGUGCCAUUUGAUGUGGGUGACCUUGCAUUGACCUUGAAUGAGUCUGGCAGACCAGCCAUGGCCUUGAAUGCUUCAAUGGACAACGUGACCAUGGUUCCUUUGUUCCUGGGCCUUAACCUCCUCUUUGAGUUGAAACCUCUUUUUAUUCCACUGUACGUGCUGCUAGUGAUUGUGGCUUGUACUGGUAACCUUGCCCUCGUGGCUCACAUCUCCGCCACCAAGAAGCUUCACACAACCACCAACUUUCUCAUUGGUAACUUGGCAGCGUCUGACUUGGUGAUGUGCAUCUUCUGUGUCCCAAUGACUGUUUCCUAUGCAUUUGAAACGAAAGGGUGGCUUUUUGGAAUCUUUAUGUGCUAUUUUAUAACCCUCAUGCAAUCUGCCACUGUCUUUGUAUCUGUCUUGUCCCUCACUGCCAUAGCUGUGGAUAGGUAUGUGGUCGUGGCAUACCCAAUUCGCCAGAGAAUCAGACCUCGGUACUGUGCCUAUAUUGUUGCAUUCAUUUGGCUGGUCUCCAUCGGUGUAUCAAUGCCUUCGUCCUUGCACACCAACUAUAUAGACCUCAACCAGGUUGGGUAUAACAUGAUCAUCUGUGAGGAGGCCUGGAUCAACUUAGACAGGCAAAGGCUGAUCUACUCAUGUAUCAUGCUGCUGCUGUCUUACAUGCUCCCACUCUGCGCGGUGUCCAUCUCCUACUGCGCCAUCUCGUGUCACCUGAAGAAGAGGAAUGUCCCGGGAGCGGCCUCGUGCAGCCAUGAGAAGUGGUCAAAGAAACGGAGGAGGACCUUCUGGAUGCUCGCCAUCUCUGUUCUGUCCUUUGCCCUCUGCUGGAUCCCCCUGCAGACAGUCAAUCUGAUACGGGAUAUUGACCUCAACAUCAUAGACAAGAACUACAUCAAUGUGAUCCAGGUGUCCUGCCAUUUGGUUGCCAUGAGCUCCGCCUGUUACAACCCCUUCAUUUAUGCCUCUCUCCACAACAAGUUCCGAGUCCAGCUGAGCAACCUCCUGUCCUUCAACAAGAGGCGGGCAAACAGCACCAUAUCCACCCAGACAUCACGCUUGAACACCGGUACCUCUCUAGAUCCACCCACGGUCAUCAACUUAAAGGAGAAGGCCUCUUUGAAAUAG